UGUAUCGCAAGCUGAAUCUUUAAAUAUGGUUAUGAGUAGGCGGAGUGUGAUUAUUAAGAAGAAGCUCCCUUGAUUAAUAAUGGCUGGGUUGAUAAUGAUGUUUCCCAAGAUGGUAAAGGCAGCAAUUUCCUUCCCUGGGAACAUGUUCUGGAAAUCAGUACUUUGGACAGUUGCACUUGUAUCUCUUCCUUACAGAAUGUUGACUGCCUUGCAGAGGGAAAAGCUGCUGGAACAACAUCUACAAGAGAUGCAAUUUGAGUUCGAGACUCUUGUUUGGGACAGGAAGGAUCUUGAGGAACAUCUCCAAGCAGCUGCCAGAGAAAGCAGAAUUAUGGAGUCGGUGUUAAUUGAACUCGAAGGGGAACAUAACAAGGCUGUUGCCAGGAUUGAACUAUUAGAGGGCGAGUUGCAGGAUUUAAAGGACGAAAACCUUCGGCUGAAAGAAGUUCAAGAUAAAGCAGCAUGGAGUUAUAGAGAUCAUGAUGCGACAAAUAAAAACAAAAGCCUAAAUACCGUUGAUAAUCAUGUCUUCCCUACAGUGUUGCCUCAUUGAUUCCCAGUUAUAUGGGAAG